AUGAAUAGGAUCUUCCAUCAGUGUGUGAUAGUGUUCAUCGAUGACAUACUAGUUUACUCAAUUGACAGAAAAGCCCAUGAGGAACAUCUGAGGAUUGUUCUACAGACACUAUGUGAUAAACAAUUGUACGCUAAGUUCAGCAAAUGUGAAUUCUGGUUGAAACAGGUAGUGUUCUUAGGGCAUGUAGUUUCAGCGGACGGAGUUAGUGUUGAUCCGCAGAAAGUGGAAGCUGUUGUCAACUGGGAGAGACCAGCUAGUGCAACAGAGGUACAUAGUUUCCUAGGACUGGCCGGAUACUACAGACGUUUUGUUGAGGAUUUCUCACGAUUAGCAUUACCCUUGACCGCUUUGACAAGGAAGAAUGCUAAGUUUGAGUGGUUGGAUAAAUGCAAACAGAGUUUCCAGGAACUGAAGAAGAGAUUAGUGACGGCACCUAUUCUGACACUUCCUGUAACAGGGAAGGAGUAUGUGAUCUAUUGUGACGCAUUGAGGCAAGGAUUAGGUUGUGUGCUUAUGUAG